CAAUUUUGACCCACUACAUCAGUUACUAUGUACAGAUUGAUUAUUCUAGUUCCAUUACUAACAGCGCUUGUAUCAUGUACUGGGGAGGGCAACAUCCACCUCAUGGAAGAGGAUAUAGAGGAAGCUAUACGUUCUUGCUCCAUCAAUACAGAGAGAUUUAAAAAUAAUAAAUACGGUAAGAGGAGUCGUCGAAGCAACAACGAGUCGUACCCUCGAAUCGAUAGUAACAUGAAACAAGAAUCAAAUAUUUACGACCACGAACGUCGUAAUACAACUGAACGAAAUCAGAUACAUGUUUUAAAUGGAACGGAUUAUGAUUAUUUGGGAUACGGAGCUGGGGAUAAAGGUGAAAAGCUUAUCAAGACUAUCCCACGUCCAGCACUCGGCAAGAACUAUAACAGCAGCAACGAUAUUCGUUCGUACAGAAAUAAACGUAGCGAAUCUUUUCUAGGUACAGAUGACUCUGAUCAGUGCCUGAGUCAAUGCGUGUUCGCCAACUUACAAACUGUCGACUCCAAAGGUAUACCCAGAGAAGCGGAAUUGUGGAACAAAAUACAGACUUCAGUAAAUUCACAACAAUCGCGCACCCUGCUGAGAGAUCAACUACGCUCUUGUUUUCAAGAGUUGCAAACUGAAUCUGAAGAAAAUGGAUGUUCUUACUCUAACAAAUUAGACCGAUGUUUGAUGCUACGUCUUACAGAUCGUCAAUCAUUCAUUGCAUCCAAAAACAACCAAUCAAUAUAUCAAAAAUCAUCAAAAACAUAAAGCAAUAUCUAUGUGAGGAGUUUUUGCUAGCCUUUCUUUAAAAAGCUAAUGAAAAUGUAAAUGUAUCAACGUAGUAAUAAUAUUAGCUAGUAAUUAAUGUUGGGGGGGCAAAAUAAAUUAUUAUUAUCCGACAUACAUAGUACCUAUUGUUAGUGUUUUCAUUGAUCAUAAUAAAUACUUCAGAGUACCUAUUGUGAAAAA